AUGGAGGGCGUCGCUGGCUCAGCCCUGCCGCCGCCGGGACCGAAAGGACGGAGCGGCUACCGCGCAGCCGCUAAGACGCCGACGCCACGCCCACUCCCCGCCCCCGCGCCUCCUCGCGCCGCGCCCAUUGGCUGCGCCGCCCGGCCAUGCCCCGCCCCUACCUGCGUGCCUCGCCUCCGAGGGCUGCCGGGAAGCCCGCUGCGCCCCGCCCCGCACUCCAGCGCGCCGCGCCCAUUGGCUGAGCUCCCCGGAGACGCCCCGCCCCGCACCCCUAGGACUGAGAAGAAAGGAUUGAGCCCCGAUCUGCCUGCCAGGCACCCAGCCAGGAGAACCCCUUCUCUGCCAGCAUCUGAUAAAAUUACCUGCGUGGCUUCAGCGAUCACUGCUGCCUGACCAGCAGCUGCUCUCCUGGAAUCUGCGUCCAGAAAGCCCCUUGGGGGUCAGAAAAGUAGGUGGAUUAAUAUAGAAGUAGAGGUGGGUUUUUUGUGUGCUUAUUGAGAUGGAGUCUUGCUCUGUCGCCCAGGCUGGAGUGCAGUGGUGCAAUCUCGGCUCACUGCAAUCUCCGCCUCCCAGGUUCAAGCGUUUCUUCUGCCUCAGCCUCCCAAGUAGCUGGGAUUGCAAGUGUGUGCCACCAUGCCUAAUUUUU